AUUUCUUUAUCAGCGGAUGGUACAUGUGCUGGAGUGAGAUGUCAUCCAGAUGCAAUUUGUGACGAAGAAGCAUUGCUUGGUCCAGUGUGCGUUUGUAGGCCAGGCUACAAAGGCGAUGGAAGGAAGUGCACAGGUGGAACCUACAAUUUGAUCUUUAUUUUUCUUUGCCAUGUAUUAUUUUCCCCUGCAGAUUAAAGCAUACAUUCUUAAGGACCGAUUUCCUUCUGUAAAACCAGCCAACUCAUUUCACGAGACCCUUUCGACAAAGGCCUCAUUACAUUGGUUGAGCUGAAGGACUUCAAGUUCACGACCAAAGAGACAACUUCAGAAUAGGAAUUACAUAGAUGAUCAAAGGUCGUAUAGGCUAUCGCGCUAAAUUGUAAAGUCUAGUUUCCAUAAGAUAGUCACGGUAGUUGCAACCACACAACGUCAUUUGACGUGGUCAUUCGAGCCACGCGAUUAAAGGUCCGUACAUUUGAAGGGCAAAAGCAGUACCUGUAUUUCUCAGUUAUUUUUAAGUCCCUGACUAUUAUUUUGCUGGCCCCGGGAAUUGAAACCGUGAACUCCCACUCUACACCCAAGAAUUGUACCGGACUCUUUAGCAAUCGCAGCGACGUAGUCCGGCAGUGCAACGGCGAUCGCUGAGAUAGACUUAAGUACUAAUUCAGUUUCCAUAUCUCUGGAUCUUAAUUUCUGAGUGACCGCAGCAAUCAUGUAAAAAAACUUGACUCAACAACAAUAAUACUUCUCUUGUAGACAUCGAUGAAUGCUCGGACGAUGAUAACAAAUGCCAUCAGGAAGCUGAAUGUAUCAACACUUUUGGAUCAUACAACUGUUCUUGCAAACCUGGAUUUGAAGGCGACGGAUAUAACUGCAGACGUAAGUGUUGCAAGCUACCUGAACACAUUUCAAGGACACAACGUUUCCUUUGGCAGUUGUCCUUCAGUUGUACUUUUAGUAGCUAUAUUGGUGGUUUCUUGAUUAUUAAAAGUUGUACUUGGCAAACUGAACAAAAAACUGGGAACAGAAGAUUAAAGAAACCAGGAGAUUGAAAAUAAUAAUCAUCAUCAUCAUCAUCAUCAUCAUCAUCAUCAACAACAACAACAACUUUAUUAAAGUCUUGUAAAAACCUAUACACAAAAGAAAAAAAACUGCGGUAGGGUAAUUAUAGUUCCUCGCUAUAUACAUACACAAAUUCUCAAAGCAUAAGAGUUAGUCGUUUGUUAGCGCCAUGAUUUGAUGUCUCCCCAGUGACCUCCUGAAGUACCGGCUCUGCUUCCACAUCAUUAAAGACCAUCCUUAGCAUCUCUGCUUGAUAAUAAUAAUAAUGAUUAUAAUAUUGAAGAUUAUGAUCAUGAUAAUCUGGUCGCAGGAAACAAGAAAAUAGGCCGCGUCUGAAUAGGAUUAAAGUGGAAACCUAAUGCUAAUGAUUUUUUUGUUCAAUUCUAUCACACUAUAUGAAAAAAAAAAUGUAAAGUGAACGUUUUUGAUUCUUGUCCCAGUGCAUUCAAAACUGACGAUAUAAGGCAAUUUUGAGGAGCGUUUAAAUAGAGGAAAAAGUAUUCCUUCGAACCGGAUUCGAACCAGCGACCUAAGGAUGACAACUCAACUUCUACAGUCCUCCGCUCUACCAACUGAGCUAUCGAAGGAAUCGAUGCAUAGCAGAAUUGUGUUAUCGGUAAACUCAAAUUAUUUCUCGCCGAGUCUUAUGACAACGUUGUGUGACAUAAGGAAUGAUGAAAAUAAUAAUAAUGACAAUAGUAAUAGUAAUAACAGAAGAUAGAGCCACGAGUAUGCACGACAACAAGCAGACAGCGAGAAGGGCAGAAAAUAAAUUCAAGCAUAAUUUCUUUGUAGUUUUCCGGCACAUGAAAACAGAUUCUUUAAAUCGAUCAAGUGUUAUCGACUACAAUCCCUGAAAGGUUUUAAAACCUGUUGAAAUUUCUGCCCGUUGUAGUCAUUGUUUUGACAGUCUUAUUUGUUUUUUCGAAAACGAACCUCGAUUUAUUAGCCGCCCAUCCCAAACAAAAAAGUUAAUAAGCGCCCACCCUCGAAUAAGCGCCCACCCCUUUUCCCAAUCAAACUCAAAUAAGCGCUCACCCCCACCCACUUGAAUGUUAAAUUCUAAUAAGGGGAGGACGGAGUUCUUCAGAGUAUUUUACAGAAACCUUGCUUUGUUACUUCUUCGCGUUUUGCUAUUAAUUUAUUGUUUUGUUAUAAAAUAAACAUGCUUCACUUGCUGAAAAUUGAAAAUUUAAGUUGAAUAAGCGCCCACCUUGCGCCCAAAGGUCUAAAAAUUUAAUAAGCGCCCAGGGCGGUUAAUCGAAUAAAUACGGUAUAUGACUUGUGUACUCAUUGAUCAAUGGUUCGUGUCCUUAUUUAAGCGGACGGAACAUGCGCAGGAAUCGUAUGUGUAGUGGAUGCUGUAUGUGUGACAACGCAGAACGGCGCCCAAGUCUGUGAAUGUAAAGCAGGUUUUACCGGAAAUGGACUCGAUUGUAGAGGUAAGCAAACUUGCAAG